AUGUCGGAGACCGCGCCCAGGGCGCUGGCCGCCGGCGGCUACGAUGGGGAGAAGAACACCAGCCGCAUCAAGCUGGGGCUCAAGAGCCUCGUCAGCAAAGGCACCUUGGUGCAGACCAAGGGCACCGGCGCAUCCGGGUCGUUUAAACUGAACAAGAAGCCGGGUGAGACAAAAGAGAAGGCAACCAAGAAAAAGCCGGCAGCCAAGCCUAAGAAGCCGGCGGCUAAGAAACCU